AUGUCUCGGCCGACCACUACGUUUCCAACAGUGACAAUCACCAUAGAUAGCUCGGUCUGGUUCGAUCAGGCCAGCUAUGGCGUCCACCCGCUGACCACUAUCUUUACCGCUCCAGCUGGCUGUUCCUAUCCCUUCCCACUUUCGGGGAUCAGCUCAUCAUGCGUGCCGCCCGACUGGAGUCUUGCCGCCGUUGACCCUCUCGGUUACUACUCGCCUGGAAUUUGCCCUGCCGGCUACACGAUUGGGUGCGAUGCUUGGGACAGCGUGAGGAUAUCGUGGUAUGAAAUAGCACGCGACACAACCUAUCUGCCAGGGGAUGGCACGACAGCAAAGCUCUGCGUCCCAAGAAAAGUUGUUCCGCAUUCUAGUGGUUUCGAGUGCGCCCCAACCUCCCUUUGGGCUGCAUCAGUGACAAGUACAUCGACGCGGGAGGUUCGCGCAAUUGAAAUUCGCUGGGAAGAGAGCGACCUAAUUUACCUCGAGACCCAUCCUCUCUCCAUAACCGUAACAUCGGCGAGUUCGCGGGGCGCCACUAGCGAGUCCGGUCUCCCAUCAAAACCCGAUCCGGACAAUGGUCUUUCCAAGGGGGCUGUAGCCGGAGUCACAAUCGUCGCACUGGUCGGCGCGAUGCUGAUUGCGGGAGCGGCAUUCCUCUUGUGGCGACGGAGGAAGUAUGUUUCGACUGGCGGACCGGAAUCAGUAGUGGGACCUGCGAUGCAAGGCCCACCGGCCGCCCAAGCUUCCCUAGCGCAAGGUCCUCAGAUACUCGGACAAGUCCAGAUUCCCCAGAAACCACACAAUCCGACAUGGGGAGGCGGCCAGCAAAUGUAUCCGAGCGCUGCGCAGCCUGUAUACGGUCCUCAUAUCAGCACCGGCACAAUGUCGACAAGUCAGUUCUCUCAGGGCCAGAAACACGCAUCUCAGAUCAGCGAUCUAUCGACCGGCGCCGGUCCCCUGUAUUUCCCGCAGCAGAUGGUCGUUGCCCCCCAGGACCAGAUCUCCGCCCCGCAGAGUAAUACCGAGCCGAAUAUUACUCCGCAGACGGCCAGCUCCCAGAUUGCGACGGGGGCUCACGCACUGCCGACUGUGAGCGGUGGCUCGCAAUCUCCAAACUCCAGCUCCCCCCAAGAUGCCGCAGCUGGGCUGUCUGGACAGAAGAGCGGCGUCUCUCCGAUGGAAGUUUCGGGAACGGAGUCGGUUGCAGCGCCAGUCGAGUUGUCUAGCGUACCACAUCCAAGAGUUAAUCAACACAUCCCCGAUUACGUUAGCCAUGGGUAG